UGCUCUGCUGUAAAUUCAAAAAACCACCACUGAAAAAAUACAUGACCUAUCUACAACUACCAGACAGCAUAGACUCAUACACAGGUAAAUUAAAACUGUGCAAUAGAAUGGAGUAAAGGCAUGCUGAAGUGACUCAGUAGUAUAUGAUAACUACAAGUCACAGCAAGAUCCACGUUCCUGUUUACAGUUCAGAGGGAUACAUAGAUCCAGCCCUCAAGAACUUACAUUCCAAACAGGAAAAAGCCAUGAAAACUGACAACAGUAGUAAGACUAUGACAGUGUGAUUUUGUUAAGUGUCAUGAAGCUGAUAUAUAAAACAACCACAAUUAAACCUGAUGACUCUUGAUCGAGAAUUUUUCCCAUUCAUUAAGGCAAAAUAAUUAUUCUGUCAGUUACACUAUGCAUCAACAAAACAUUUUGAGCUUUUUCAGAUACGUUAAAUCCUGUAUGCUUUCAUAAACUUUUCUUUUUCCCUUUUGCUUAUUCAUUGCGUGAUUCCUAUUUUCAACCUGUGUGACUUUUAUGAGAUUGUGUUACUGAAAAAGGGAGAAUGAGAGGUUGCUCUGGGAAGAAAGGUUCCCAGAGGCCGCACUAGAAUAAGUAUAUCUAAAAGAAUGAAAAAAGAUUUUAAUUUCAUGCCUGGAAAUUCAUUAUUUUGUCUUUCAGAUCGACGUUAUGUAGCAUGGCUCAUGCUUGUGACACUGGCCUAUAACUGGAAUUGCUGGUUUAUCCCCCUUCGCUUUGUCUUUCCAUAUCAAACCCCAAGUAAUACAAUAUAUUGGGUUGCCAUAGACAUCAUCUGUGAUAUCUGCUACCUGUGUGACCUGCUGGUUUUCCAGCCCCGAGUGCAAUUUUUAAAAGGUGGAGAUAUAAUAUCGGACAAAGUGGAAAUGAAGAAAUUCUACCACAGCUCUAUGAAGUUUCGGCUUGAUGUGAUAUCAGUAUUGCCAUUUGAAGUUUUAUAUAUCUUCUUUGGAUUUAACCCAGCAUUUAGAGCAAAUAGAAUGCUAAAGCAUAACACAUUCUUUGAGUUUAAUGAUCGUUUGGAAGCUAUUCUGGACAAAGCAUACAUCUACAGGGUCAUUCGAACAACUGGAUACUUGCUGUUUAUCUUGCACAUUAAUGCAUGCUUGUAUUAUUGGGCUUCAGACUAUGAAGGACUUGGCAGCACUAGAUGGGUGUACGAUGGCCAAGGAAACAUGUACCUGAGGUGUUACUACUGGGCAGUUCGUACAUUAAUCACCAUCGGUGGCCUUCCAGAACCACAAACCCUGUUUGAGAUAGUUUUUCAACUGCUGAAUUUUUUCUUGGGUGUCUUUGUCUUCUCCAGCUUAAUUGGUCAGAUGAGAGAUGUAAUCGGAGCAGCUACAGCAGGACAGAACUACUACCGAUCCUGUAUGGACAACACUGUCUCCUAUAUGAACACUUACUCCAUUCCAAAAGUGGUUCAAAAUCGUGUUCGAACCUGGUAUGAAUACACAUGGGACUCUCAGGGAAUGCUGGAUGAAUCAGAAUUACUGGAGCAGAUGCCAACCAAAAUGCAAUUAGCCAUUGCAAUUGAUGUGAACUUUGCAAUUGUCAAUAAAGUUGACUUAUUCAAAGGCUGUGAUACUCAGAUGAUAUAUGACAUGCUGCUAAGGUUGAAAUCCAUUGUGUAUUUACCUGGUGACUUUGUCUGCAAAAAGGGAGAGAUUGGCAGAGAGAUGUACAUCAUCAAGCAAGGUGAAGUUCAAGUCCUUGGAGGUCCUGAUGGUACAAAAGUCCUGGUUACACUAAGAGCAGGAGCUGUAUUUGGGGAGAUCAGCCUAUUAGCUGCAGGCGGAGGAAAUCGAAGGACUGCCAACGUGGUGGCUCAUGGUUUUGCCAACCUUUUCAUUCUAGACAAGAAAACACUCAACGAAAUCCUGGUACACUAUCCUGACUCAGAAAAACUUCUGAUGAAGAAAGCAAAGUAUGUCCUAAUAACAGUUUCUAAAUCACAUUGUUUAGCUGCAGAACAGACAGUUGUGGCUUCUAGAAACAUUUGCAUUUCUUGGAAGAACAACAAAUAUACGCAUGUUUGUACUUAGGGGUCAGAUUUGUCUGGUAAUACUUAACAGAAGUCAUAGUCUUGGCAGGUAAUCCGAGAGUUAUGGGAACAUGGUAAAUAGAAUAAAGUCCUGAACACAGUUGAAUUCUCCCUUGUACUUAAGGUAACAAAAUAGGAGAUAACAGAUGAACAUCAGGACUCCUUAGGUAGCCAAGGCAAACAGAGUGCAAGACAGAUGCCAGUUAAGCCGUAUGUUUUCAAGGGUACAACUGAAGAUCUGCAAUUGAUUCUAAAGAGAUAUGCUUCAAUGCACCCACAGAGUCAUAUGCCUUUCCAAAGUCUCAAAGAGCAGUUAGAAAUGGAUUUAAUGUAAGGCCUGAAAAGAUGAAAGAUAAUCGCACAGAUUUGAAAGGUGUGCAUUUUGUGCAAAGGGAUUCUGAAAUGGGAUUCUGAACAGAAACUGCUUCUCAUCUUGCUUUGGCUGUAGCUUGCUAGGAUCACAGUUUAUCCUAGCUUUGACAGGGCAAAAUGUGGUCAUAUUUUGUCAUAAGAUUAUAGAAGUGAGUACCUUGCAUCAGGUUGAAGUGCAUAAAUCAGUUUGUCUUUACCAGUAGACUUCAGCACUUGUAUUGUUCUUAGCUGUUGCUUUGCAUUGGUAUCAAAGUUUGGAAGAACGAUCCCAGACUUGAAAUUCCACCAGAGAAUGCUAGCAUAGGCAUGACAUUUUGCUCAUGAAAGUGCUAGCAAAUGAUUGCAUUCAGCUUGUUUCAGCAACUCUGGUUAUCAAAUGACAGCACCUUGCAAAUCAUUACAUCCCUGAGAAACACAGGACCUAAUGCAGAAUGGGCCAUCUGAAAAGCAUAAGUGUCAAAUCUGCAGGAAAUUUCCCCAAAUGGUCUGUUGAACUCUUGUCCAUGGCACUCCCAGCUCAUAAGAUAAGGUAGAACAAGAAUAAAAGGAAACCUGAAUCUGAACAUUUAUAUUGGACAGUAUAAAAAGUUUACUAGCCAAAAACAUUGAAGAGUUCAAAUUCUAUCUAAGUCAAGCAGGAUGUGCCAGCCAGCCAGUCACUGGGGACAGCCUAUGACGGUAAUGAAUGUUGAAAAAAGCAAAAGUCUCUCGACAGCUCUGGAAUCUAGAUUUACUGAAGACCAGCAGCAUACAUACUUGGCUUCCAUACUCGGUGACAGACCCCUGAAUAGUCUGAUGUGAUGCCCAUGGCACCAAACAAUGCAGACACACAUCUUGCUCACCUGUUUUCACAUCUGGAAUCUUCAGAGAGGCUGGUUGUCAAAACCAGCACCAGAAGGUAGAAAGGCAGAACAAAUCCACUGACUGAUGGUCACCAGCAAUCACCUUUCUGACUUCCAUCGUCUUUCUAAACAAUGGUACAAUCAUCAAAACUUAUUUCUGAUUCUCUGUCCUACACUACCUCCUCCUGCUUUCUUGCCCACCCUAACCUAACCUGUGAGAGAUGUGCCAUGCUGAAAGGCUGGUUUACUAUUACUUACACAAGCAUCAGCUAAAUUCCAAAUAGAGAAAUAACUGUUCUCGAUUUGCAUCUAGAAGGUCAGGUAGGAGACUUCCACCUCAGGUGCAAGCCAUCCACCCCCCUCAACUAUUUCUCACCUUACUAAGCUCUCAUCUGCUUUGUGAUACCUUAAUUUGAGCCUGCACUAGUUUAGACUACAGCAAAUAGAAAAAAACCU